AUGGAUAGACGGUCCCCUUACCCUAAGAGAAGAGAUGAUCGUCCCAAUCCCUAUUCUCGACCACAACAACAGUGUCAGUUUGAUGAAUCACCUCUCGAAGAUGGGAAAAGCGGUACAAUGAAGUUCAGUAAAACCGACUCGAAGAAAGAUCCCUCAAAGUGGUGUGACUUCCAUGCCGACAUUGGUCACACCACCAAUGAAUGUGUUGCAAUGAGGAGAGAAUUUGUCUACCUACUAAACAACGGACACCUCAAAGAUGUCAUGUCUAAUAAAGCUCGUGGCGUCGUCGACAAAGACACCUUCAACUCUCCUUCUAAAUCUCCUCCUCCCCCUCCUCAUACUAAAACCGUUAAUUUUACUGUUGAAGGAUCUGACGUUUGUGGUUGGACUUCUUCGGCAGCAAAGAGGCAUGCCCGUGAAAACGAGAUAGAUAGAUCAGCAAGGGCUGCAGCGGCGGAAUAUGUGACCCCCAUAUCCUUCGAUGAAUCUGACGCAUGGAACAUCCUCGACAGACACCAUGAUGGAAUUGUAAUAUCCAUCCCUGUCGGGAACUGUAUGAUCAGACGAGUCCUUGUCGACAGCGGAAGCUCCACCAAUAUCAUGAUGUUGGAAGCACUUAAAGAGAUGGGGCUAAAUCCACAGAAAGAUGUCACCAAGAAGUCAACAAUUCUCGCCCUGGAUUCACGACAUGAAGGCUAUCCCCUCGACUUACCACCAAACCAUCAAGUUAUCGACUCGAUGAGGAGUUCAGGAAAUCAAAGGAGAUCAGCAAGAGUCCAAGGAAUGCUACACAAGGCAGCAUUGAAACCAUCCGCCACCAACAAGGCUUCCUUAUAA